UAGCUGAAAACCUUCACCACGCGACCGAAGUUUCCCGUAGUCCGAUAGUAGGCCUACCGGCAAUUUGUGGAACUGACAAAAUGUGAAUUAUGCUGCCCGUAUCAUAGUUCGGGAAUUGGUAACCAAACAAGAGCAAGAGAUAUGCAUCAGUUAACACUGAAGAUCCUUCCUCGGUACUCUGGCCUGUUGAGCUGUCUCCUACAGGUCCAGACAAAGCGAUCUCUCCAUCUUUGUGCUGCAGUCACGCAGCGCAUUGGGAAGAAGAAUCGGGCUAAACAGGUAACAAGUAAAUAUGUAUCUUCAGCCAUCAAGCCUUAUCCCGUUCCAAGCAGCAAAGCUGACAUGCAGCCAACGAUGCCCAAUCCAACACACCCUUACCAGAUGCAUUCUGCGGAACUGGCAGCCUCCCCCGACCCUUCGGCAACCAUCCAGGAUCUCAACCGGAGGGUGGAGACGGCCAUCCAGAGCACCCUGGACCAGGUCACCCCCUGCCCCAUUGAGCCCAAAGACGGGAACAAGGCGGAAGGGGAAGGGGAGGUGGCUGAGCCCAGCCAGGGCCAGUGGAGGGAACAGAGGGUUGCAUUGGGUCAGCUCCCAUCCUUGUAUCUGCAGCUAUCAAAGAGCAGACUUACAGGAUUAGUGGUCAUCUCGGCAUUGGCAGGCUACGGUAUGGCUCCAGGUGUGUUUGAGUUGUCGACAUGUGCUCUCACAGCAUUGGGAACCUUCCUGACGUCGUCCUCAGCAAACACCAUCAAUCAGUACUUUGAGGUUCCAUAUGAUUCGCAGAUGGCUAGAACAAGAAACAGGGUUCUUGUUAAAGGGUUGUUGAGUCCUCUCCAUGCCGUCAGCUUUGCCGCAGUGGUCGGCUCAGCAGGAGUAGGCACCCUGGCCUUGACUGUCAAUCCCCUAGCAGCAGCCAUAGCCGCUAGCACCUGGGCUCUGUAUGUGGCAGUCUACACGCCCAUGAAGCGGCUAAGCAUCGUCAAUACCUGGGUCGGGGCUGUAGUGGGUGCGCUACCACCUGUGAUUGGAUGGGCAGCCUGUACUGGGGGGCUGGAGCCAGGUGCACUCUUGAUGGCCGGCUUCCUGUACUGCUGGCAGUUCCCCCACUUCAACGCCCUGAGCUGGAACCUGCGUAGUGACUACUCGCGUGGUGGGUACCGCAUGAUGGCCACCACCAACCCUGCCCUCUGCCGGCGGGUGGCCCUGCGCCACUGCGUGGCCACACUGGGCCUGAGCAGCGGUCUGGCCCCGCUGCUGGGCCUGACCACCUGGACCUUCGCCCUGGACUCCCUGCCCCUCAACCUCUGGCUGGUCUACCUGGGCUGGCGGUUCCACCGGCGGGCCGACAGCAAGUCGGCCAAGCAGCUCUUCAAGUUCACCCUGCUGCACCUGCCUCUCCUGAUGCUGUUGCUCCUGAUUAGUAAGAAGAGCCUGCACCCCGAGCAGGCCGUCAAAGUGGCCCCUGGAACAUUAUGAUGGUGCUGUUCAAGCUAGGUUAAAUAGCAAUCCAUUACCUGUAUAUUUUAGAGAAGUGCAAUGCCAUGGAUAUUAUUUUACACAAAGUCCAAAGGCCUUUCUUCACUUUCACCUGUGUGUAGACAGCGACCAUGCACACAGGAACAGUGAUAGAAAGAGGGGUGCAAGAGACCUGUGAAUGCCAUUGCUAUCAAGUGUCUGGUACCCGCACAAAGACACUAAUGAUUUGUGCACAUUCAGAUGAAAAUGAGUUCUGCAUUCCUGGUGCCAAGUGCAGAAAAUCAGUGUGCUCAGGUGACGUGCUCGUAAUAGAAGCUCAUAUUUGCAUUCACUAAGAUGCAUUUCUGGUGUCUCGACUUCAUGUGGAAUGGAGAAAGCAUGCAUUGUGAAAGUGUGGUUUAUUGUAGCAUUUGCAUUUGUCAUGCUUUCAGUGUGUCUCAGGUGCUUCCCAAUGCAAGUAUUCAAGUGGCUUUUCUGACCUCUGCACUCUCUGCUUAGCAUGCUGUCCAAGUCUUAUGGACCGGUGUGAUCUUUGAAUGAAAUAACAGGAGUUGGCAAAUAGAUGUUUGUGAGAUUUUCACCUAGUAGAAUUGACCCUUUGUCAACAGCAGUAUUCUGAACUGAAUGAUUUCGUACUGGGAUCAUUACCGAUGAAUCUCGUGAAAAUGCUGAAUUAUGUGCAGCUUUACCACCUAAACACACUUGCUCCAAACCUCCCCGAAUCCAGAGUAAUUCAACUCUGCGGUGUUCCCUUCCUGUGACGUGUUGACACAGUCUGGCAGUAUGUACACAAAGGGAUGACUGACUGGUUUGGAACAAGUGCCCUGAGUCACUGCUGGUGUACCUGUACACAUCACUGUUUGUUUUGAACAGACACAUAAAGGCUGACUUGUCUGUGGAGUGCAGAGGUGGUUUGUAUGUUGAAUUUGGGCAAUGUACAAGGCCUGCUUUAUAGCAGGUAUCACUCCGUCCAUCACAUUACCCUGGAGUGUUGCAAAAAUAUGAGGUUGGAGAGAGAAACAUCGUACAAAUCUUGUUCAAAUAAUGCCAGCAAUUUAGCGUUUGUGGAAUUUGGCUGCAUACCAAAAGUUGGCUGCCGUGCUCUGUUAUGAAAGCUGAACUUUUUAGCCAAAAUGAUAAAAUCCGGAAGCAGUUAAGAUGGAAGUAACAACAUGGAUACAUUACAAGUGCAUGCACUUGGCUGAGUUGAGUCUCUAAUAGUUGAAAGUUGUCUUACCUUCUUUCAUUUCUGGCAACUGCUGUUGACGAAGUUUGCAGUAGCACCAUGUGGAACUUUAUUUAGAAGUGCAUGGGAUUCUGAGAAGAACCGGCGCGCUGGACAUUUCAGGCAGUGUUCUCUGUCCGUCACGAGCAGAUGCAAAAUGCAUGCAGUCUGAAAUGUUGAGUUCCCAUACACCGAUUCUUAGCUACCCAGGCUUGGUCUCCCUGCCACAUCCACCUUGCAGACCUUCAAAACCCAUUAUGCGGACGCUGUGGACUAGGAGUCUUGCUGGCAUUUCACACGCGCCAAGAGUGUGAACUGGGUUGAAUGAGGAUGUACUUCAAAAGUUGGGUUUUUAAACUGUGUGUAAAUAUGUAAGGUAUCGGCAUGGAUUGUACAGGAAGGCUUGUGUUUAGUCUUGUUACUUCUGCAGUUCUCUGCGGGCAUUUGUUGGACACGUACAUUGUAAUGAUUUUAUCAAGUAUUUUCUGGGUAUGAUGUCGUUGACAUUUAAGAACUUAUCCUUUCUACUUAUUUAUUUAUGACUUUUGGUCUUAAAUACCGAUCCCGACGUAAUGUGAACCUUUGGUAUUUUAUGCAAGGAGGGUCCUUUUUCCCUGAAGAGCGAAAGAUUCAGUGCGUGUUCACAAAGGGAAAGCAUUGGUCACCGGCAUGUAAGCAUGAUUUGUUAAUUCCUGAGGUGAGCCCUCUGCAACUCGGUUCUUCUCGACCCUGGGGACAUGUGUCAAGUAUGAAAAGAUGAAGCAAAAUGUUUUCACAUUGAAAGCACUGCAUCUUGGACCUUUUAUGCAAGAUUGGUCACUGAGAAGCUUUGAUUUAGACAUAAAUGCAACAAGAAAGCACCUUCUUUAUAAUUUAAAGGAGAGA